AUGUCGCGAACUUCGUGGAGCAGCACUGGAUCCGAUGCCGAGGUACGACAUCAUUUCGACCAACCCUUCGAUUACGACCCGCGCCUACUCGACGAUCAGGAACAGCUCAGAGAGCAUCGAUUUGGAAGCGAGAGGGAUGGUCAAGUGGACGACGAUGACGAGAACGUCGAUGCGAGCUCGGAAAGACGCACGGAUGUCGACUCGCCAAACGAGUCUUUAGACAGCUUUCAAGGUGCUUUCCAAGACCAAGACGAUGCAGAAACGGACCAGCCGAUGCCUCAAGCGCAAUUCCUCGACGAUCUCGAAGAUCAAUCAAAUCAAGCCAUAUGUCGCAUCUGUCUCGAGUCAGCAUCAAGCGAUGUGUCUGGUGGCGAAUCUCUGGGUCGCCUACUUUCGCCGUGUAGAUGCAAAGGUACCAUGAAGUAUGUCCAUGCCACCUGCCUCGACCAAUGGAGAGCCGCUUCCGCUCGAUCGUCAUCUGCCGUUGCUUGCGACCAGUGCGGGGCUCCGUAUCGCUUCCGCAAGUCCAAGUUCGUCGGUCUCGCUACAUCCCCUACCCUACUCUUCGUCGUCAGCCUUUGCCUCUUCCUCCUUCUUAUCUGGACUGUCGGUGUCACCGCUACCUUCUUCAUGGACAUCUAUGACCGUCCGACCUCAUUUAAGCCGUCAACAGCGUCUCAAAAAUCCGGAUCGAAGAGCUGGUGGCCAUGGCGAGGCUCCCAUUUGGAACAGCACUCCCUCUUCGAUCCUGUGGAAGCGGAUGCAUGGUCCUACCUGGAUGCAGACUACUCUCCUGGAAUCUGGAGCUACAGCAAUCUCAUGUACGAACCGGCAGCGUACGUCAAGCUCAUCAAGGAAGCUGUACGGUCUUUCGCGUCCGGAGAGGCCGUUGAAGCGGUUCGAGAAGUUGUCGGUCUGCAGGAUGCACCCGAAGCAACCCAAAGCAUUGAGCAAGAUCCGCACGAGGGGAAGGGCUUCUGGUCAGCCCUCAAGACCGAAUGGAUGUAUGGCGAUGGUGGUCUCUGGGAAAAGAAAGCAUCACCUCCGCCUGGUGGACCACCACUGGCCCAGGAAACUACCACGCUCGCCGCCACAGGAGCUGGUGCUUCCAAGACAAGGCCUCGACAGAAAUACGAUGCUAGGGCAGCAUCUGACGCCAACGAUCCCAACGCACGCAAGCGUCGUCGCGAGAAGGCAGCGAAAGCAUCGCGCAAACCCACGUCCAGCCAAGCAGAGCCGCAAGGAUGGUUCAACAAGCUCUUGGUUCAGUUCUCUGUCGGAUUCUCGCUCGUCGGAAUUCUUUCCUUCGUCAAUCUCCUCGUCGGCGCGUCCUUCAUCGGACCGAUCAACUUGCACAAUUUUGGACUCGGAAGAUCCUUCGCCCGCAUGACCUCGGGCGGCAGGGGCCGCAACGGCAACCAGGAAGGCGUCAACAUCGCCUCGAUCCUCAUCGUGCUGCUGGUUAUUAUUGGAGUCGUGCGUGCUCUGCACGUGGUGUACAAGCUCGUUCGCAAAGCUGCCAGGAGAGGUUUGAGCAGAUUGGAGGCCGUUAUCGUCGACUGGAACUACGAGGGCGAUGCAGACGUGGUCACAAACGACGUCCUCGCCACAACGCGCGAUGCGAUGGACCACGAUCCGCAGCCUGUGCGCCACAGACGUGCUUUCUUCCUGCUAGGUGACGACUGA